ACCCAGGAGAUCCAACCAAAAAGAUCUCAAAGUCCACAAUUCACACCGCUCCUACCCAGCCACGCACGCGCGGAGAAGAGAAGCAGCAAGUGCCAUGGCCAAGAUCUCCUUCCUCCUCGUGGCGCUCCUCGUCCUCGCCGUCGGGUUCCCCGUGGAGGUGAUGGGAGGUGGGGGCGGCGGCGGCGGUGGCGGUGGCGGCGGCAACCUCAAGCCAUGGGAGUGCUCGUCCAAGUGCUCGUCGCGGUGCUCGGGGACGCAGUACAAGAAGGCGUGCCUGACCUACUGCAACAAGUGCUGCGCCACCUGCCUCUGCGUGCCGCCGGGCACCUACGGCAACAAGGGCGCCUGCCCCUGCUACAACAACUGGAAGACCAAGGAGGGAGGCCCCAAGUGCCCCUAGAUUCUUGGUUUUCUUCUUCUUCUUCUUCUUCUUCUUCUUCUUCUUCUUCUUCUUCUUCUUCUUCUUCUUCUGGGGUGCCAGCUUGCGGUUGAUGGCUAUUCACUGCUCUCCCAUGAAGAUGUUACUAGAUCUGAAUUACGUAUGUGAUAGGCAUUUAGUGGCAUGUGAAUUGCCCUCCCAGUUUCCUGUGUUUCUAUCAGUAAGAUGUGGAAAAAUGGAGGCGCUCCCACAUGAUUUUAGUGGGACCUAUCGAGCUUUAUUGUUCCUUGUGCGCCUGUGCACCGUGCUUUCUUCUUGUCUCAAAAGUCAGAUGAAGCAUGCAGCGCCCGUACCAUUCGGCAUGAAUGGUGAGAUAUCCACAAUGAACAAAAGCAUGCAAUGCCCGUUCGUUUUUCUUU